AUGCCUGUUGCCUGUGCCUGUUUUCACUUGGUGCCUCACAAAAUGACUUGGGAUGAUGCCCAAAAAUACUGCAGAGCGAACCAUACUGACCUGGCCAUUUUCAGAACUGAGAGCGAGUAUGAGGCACUGGAGAAUCCAUGUGGAUUGGAUAAAUACUGCUGGAUCGGUCUCCACAGAGAUGAUACAAAUGCUGCUGUUUGGAACUGGGCUAAUGGAGAAGAAGUCAGCUUUACAAGCUGGGCCACAAAUGAACCUAAUGACCUUUGGAGGAAUGAGAAUUGUACUGUCAUGGAAAACAAACUUUGGAUUGAUAUACCCUGUCAUAUCAAAUUUGAAAGUUUGUGCUCUGAGGAUGAUCUGAUCUUAGUGAAAGAAGAGAAGACAUGGGAGGAGGCUCUGGAACACUGCAGGACUCUUCAAACUGACCCUGAUUCAAAAGACACACACUUCAACCAUCUCUACGACCUUCCACACAUGCAUGCUGAACAUAACAACCGAUAUGUCAAAGACUUGAUCCAAAAUGCCCAAACAAAGGAGGUGUGGAUAGGUCUACGUUUCCUGGCAGGAAACUGGCUGUGGGUGAAUGGCUUCCCUCUGGAGGAACAACUGCUGGUCUGCCCUAAACCCAAGAUGAACUGUGGGACAAUGUCGAAGACAGGAACUCGUUUGUUCAGAGACUGUUCAGGGAGGAGGAAUUUUUUUUCAAGAAAUACAAGCCCCCUGGUCAACACCACCCUCAACAAAACCCUCAGCCACACCAUUCUCAGCAACCCCACCAUCGUCAAAGCCACUCUAAUCAAGCCUACCCACAGCCAUUUCAAUCUUCAGAUCUCCAGAAUCAUUCUUCAGUGA